AUGGAUCCCAUCAUAUUAACGGAAGAUCAAAGAAAUAUACCCGGCGGCGGUGGACAAGUGAUAGUCCUGUCAUUCGUCGACAAAUUCCAUAUGGAAGAUCGACCGCCAAAGUGCGAAUAUGACUUUUUAGAGAUAAGAGACGGCAAAUUCGGCUACGCGCUGCCAGCAUACAAGUUUUGUGGUAACAGCUUUCCCCCCACCAUCACCUCUGCCGGCCCCUACUUAUGGCUCAAGUUCCAGUCUGAUGACAGCAUAGAAUACUCCGGCUUCAAGAUCAAUAUCGAGUUCCAGCCGAAUAGCAUGAGUCGGGAAAUACCCGAAUCGUGUAUAAUAAGUAAGAAAGAUGACAAGUUUGGCUGGAUAGCGUCCGAGGACGAUGAUGCGGACGCAUGCCGUAAGGAGAGUCCAACCACUCUGGACAUCCAGUGGAGGAUCGAGACCCCCGCCAACACGAGGAUCUAUUUAAACUUCACUGAAUACAAGUUGUCUUUUCCCAAUGAGUGUGAGGAUAAUUUGGUGCAAGUGUUUGGUGCGGAACCUAAUUUCGACCACAAGUUAGCUUUCUACUGCGGUUCGGUGGCCAACCCGGUGACCACAAAGGUGGAAGACGACGGUCUGGGCCCCAGCAAUGUCAUGUACGUCAGAAUGUUCGCCACCAAUAAGGCCAAGGCCUCUCAUUUCCAGGCACAUUUCACCUCCUUUCGGACUCUGAAGGGAGAUGAGUCGUGUGACGCCACGGAGUUGGACUGCCAAGAUGGUACGUGCAUCGACUCAAGUCUAGCGUGCAACGGCAUCGCGGACUGCAGGCUCAAGUCGGACGAAGACCCUGAGAGCUGCAAGGAAGCGGCGCAGUCCCUGGUGAAGGAGCCCCACAUCCUGGUGAUCCUGGUGAUCUUCUCCCUCAUCCUGUCCGGGAUGAGCUUGGUCUUCCUCUUCAAGUGCAUCCGGAAGCUGCACCAGGACCACAAGUACAUCAAGGAACACCUAGCGAAAUCUUGCGAAGACCGACUAGACAAGCUAGCAGAGACCCAACUGACCCUGGACCCCAACCUGUUGGACCCUGAGCCCCGAGCCAGCCUGGAGCGUGAGAACCACACCAAUGAAAUGUACAAACAGCAGAGAAAUAAGCGGAAAUCAAGCAGCAUCGAAUCCGAUUUUCUCCACCGCGACACCUCCCUGGAUCACCACCACGACUGGCCUGAGAGCGGCCCCGUCCCCGCCGAGGACGUCAGGAUAGAGUACAAGGGGAGACCGAGACGGAGCGAUACGAGCAAGAGAGAAGAAUCACUGAGGAGUAAAGGUUCCAAGGAGGAAGCAAGAAAGGAGAUCAGAGACGCAUCGGUCGGAGCUCCUGAUACCAAAGAGUCUGGAUGUCAGACGAGAGAAAGCCUAUUCCAAGUGGAUACCGCUCCUAGUUCUGAUGGAACAAACUCGUCGAAUAGCCGCGGGUUCUCUACGUUCGGCUACUCGGGCGCCACCAUCGUCCGGCCUUCACCCGCGCCCGCCAACACCUCGGAGAUUACUAUAGAACUGCUGAGACAGGUCACCCCGCAGGAGUCUAUCAAACAAAAGAAAUUCGACCGUCGCCCCAUGAGCUCGGAGACCACCCGCUCGGCCCCUGACGUCAUCAUCGUCUCGAAGCCGAUUCGCUGAGGACGACCCUCGGGGCCCGCGCCCUGGGCCCCGACCCCGCCCCCCUCCUGGCUGCUGCCCCCGCGGCACCGCCCCGAAGGCUCCUUCUACACGAAAAGCGUAUCAUUUGAAGACUACGACGGUUACUACAGUCAGUAUUUCGACGAAGGACCGAAGUUGAUUUAUGACUAUUGUUUAAAGAGUGACUUUUAUAAGAAAUCUAAGACUCUUCCAAGGAAUCUAGGGUCGUCUGUGGACAAAGUGUACCCGCAGAGGUGUUUUUGUGAGACGGACUAUAUAAGUAGGAAAAGGAUGGUGGUUAAAGCUGACGUGGAGCCAAAUAGAUAGCAUUCGAUGAGAUUCUAGACUUAGAAUAAUAAAGCCUAGACUAAAGCAUACCUGUUAAAAGUGGACCCAAAAACAUGACUAUAGUCAGACCAAGUU